AUCGGUGAUUGGGCACUCAGAAUUCAAGAUCCUCGUAAGGUUAUUGCCAAUCAUACAAGCUUAGUUGUUGCGGAAAUUGUUUUCACAUUUUUAUUAUUAAUUUUUUUUCUAGCUUUUCGUUAUCGUGGUCGUUAUCUGAUCACAUGGUUUGGCGUAUUUGCACUUGGUCUUAUUCUGGAAAAUAUAAGAUUUUUAAAUCCCCAAAUGGAUAUAUUUUUCCAUUCACCAGGAAUUUUAACUUUAUUUGGUAUGCGGACGCCUUUGUAUGUGGUUUUAGGAAUGUAUCAUAUGCUACUUUACAUUGCUUAUGUAAUGGCGCGCAAGUUAAGAUUACCUUGGUGGGCUCAAGGUCCCGCUUGUGGUUUACUUCUGCUUUUAAUUGAUUUUCCUGUUCAUUUUAUGGGUGUUAAAUUGCUUUGGUGGCAGUGGCACGAUAGCGAAGCGAAUUUUUUAGAUAGAUCAUAUUCAGUUCCAUGGGUAAUGUACUCUUUCGAUGCUUUCAUCGGUUCUUCUUUUAUCUGGACAUUACACGCUCUCAGAUGGUUGUUCUUAUCUUCCAAGUAUGAUUGGAUGCUAUGGAUGCGCGAAAUGGUAUGUGCGAUAUCGGCCGGAGCAAUUGCACUUGUAAUUGCUAUUCACACAAGCGUACCAGUUUUAAUUUCGAUUGCUUUAUACGCUAUCGUCGUCAUAAUUGCUGAUCGUAAUAACUUGGAUGAGGAUGCUCGAUCAUUUAGGAAACAAUUUUGGUUUGAUGAACUAGCAUGUGCAAUUUGCAUACAUUAUAUAUUUUUUAUGUCGCUUCCCGUAGUUGCAGAUCCUCAAAAUAUCGUUUCCGAAGGAUUACAUCAGCCUAUUUGGUCUUGUAAUGUAAUUGAAGAAAAAAGUUUCUUCAAUAAUUUGGUGCUCACUCGUCAGAAAUAUCUUUGUCCAACAAAUUAUAACGCAGAUUAUUUCGAUUUUCACUGCAAUCCGUAUCAAAACGCUUUGGAUCGUAUUACUGAGAUUCCUCUCGAGUGGUACGCUAUAUGUGGUCUUGAUUUCACUAAUCGAAUGGAAUAUAUAUUUAUCAUAUGGUCGUUCUCAUUCAUUUCCUUGGUGAUAUUUUAUCAGAUAUUGGCUUCCUCUGGACCUCUUCCACUUGAACCAGUUAAAGUAUUUAUAUUUCAGUUUAUUUUGCUUUUCUUCUAUCUUUCUAUAUUCGUUAACUUUUUUUUCAAAUCUUUAUUAUCAACAACUUGUCAAGCGAAAAUUCUUAUGGUAAAUGAAAAAGAAAAAUAA